AUGGAUAGUAACGGGGAGUUGGCUCGAGCUCAUGCCGAUCUUUGGAAGCACUUGUUUGGCUUCUUUCCCUCAACCGCACUAAAUUGUUUAGUCGAGCUUGGUGUACCCGAUUUGAUCCAGAAUCAUGGCAAGCCCAUGACCAUCUCUGAGAUUGUUGGGAAGCUCUCCAUAACAAAUCCCAGCAAAACUCGCUGUCUUGGUAGCAUGAUGGGCAUGUUGGCUCACUCCGGUUUUCUUUGUCGAGAAGCUAAAGGAGUAGAGGAGGAGGAUAUUGCCUACUCCCUCACACCUGCUUCACGUCUCCUCUUGAAAAACGAACCCCACAAUUUAAGACCGUUUGUGUUCUACUUGCUUGGUAAAAUUGUGGCAGGUCCAUGGCCGUUGUUAGGCCAAUGGCUAAAGAAUGAUGUCCCAACUGCCUUUGAAACUUGUUAUGGAAUCCCUUUUUGGGAAUUGGCUACAAAGUCUGAGUUUGGUCCUUUGGUUAAUGAAGCCAUGGCUGUUGAUGCUCGGAUAAUAGGAGAAACAAUAGUCAAUGAAUGCAAGGCAGUGUUCGAGGGGUUGACAUCGAUCGUGGAUGUGGCGGGAGGUACGGGGACAUUGGCGACCAUAAUUGUGAAAAACUUUCCGACCAUCAAGUGCAAAGUGUUUGAUCUCCCUUAUGUUGUGGCUGACUUACAAGAUAAUGAGAAUAUAGAGUUCAUUGGUGGAGAUAUGUUUGAAGAAAUUCCUCAUGCUCAUGUUGCCUUGCUAAAAGUAAGUAUUUAAUUAUUAAUCAUGCAUGCAUUUUCCUCA